UGAUGUUUGGAAGACAAGCACGACUAGUUGGUCUCCCCAAAAAGGAACCUGUAAAUUGUGAUUUGACAAAGAAAAUGUUCGAUUCGUUCAAUGAAACCAGACAAAUUUUGAAUAACGCUAUUGCUGAGUACAUAAAGAAAGCCCAAGCCAGACAAAAGGAAAACUAUGACAAAAGAAAUAGCUCCUACAAAGUAAUCUUACCUGGAUCAAGACUUCUCAUAAAGAAUGCAAACAAGAUUCGGCGGUUCGGUAGUAAACUUGCCCAAAUAUGGGUUGACCCUUACAUCAUCACUGAAACAUUGUCCAAAGGAAGAGUCAGGCUCAUGAACCAAUCAUCAAACAAAAUGCUGUCCAAUGUGUACCAUACAAGUAAUUUGAAGAUAUAUACAGCUAAAUCUAAGGCUACAGAAACUUGCCCCGAAGAGACAAACCAGCAGAUCAAGAAGCAGCCAAAAAAACGCAGCAGGUCUGUAAGACAUCGAAAAAGGUCUCUUAAAAAGCUUCGGAGUAGAAAAAAACAAACAAUGUACAGGUCCCCAUAUCAGGUUAGACACAGGUUCUCUCCCCCUUCAGAAAAGGAAAACCAAAACAUGUGUGAACUAGUACAAAUCCAGUUUUCUCAACAACCCCCAUAUCGCCCCUCUAGACUUGCCAAAAAUCCUGUAAGAGUGCAGAAUAUCAAAGGAGAUGGUAACUGCUUUUUAGAGCGAUAGCCUAUGCUAUUUCUGGCACCCAAAAGCCACAUGCUAAGGUUCGAAGUAGAAUAGUAAAACAUAUGAGCUCUCCUGAAGUUUCAAAAAAAUUGGAAGGCUAUCUAAAUGAAAAACCUGAAGUGUAUCUAAGCCACAGUAAAAUGGAACAAAAUGCUAUUUGGGCAACUGACGCAGAGAUCAUGGGUGCUUCCUCUCUUCUGCAGACAGAUAUUAUGGUAUAUGCAGCAAAUGGUUCUGACAUAAAUGGUAACAGGAAGUACAUUUGGUUGAGGUACCCUUCAACAUUUAGUUUAAACCAAAGAACAAACAAAUCAUUGUACCUUAGAAAUGAUCAUGAUCAUUUUGAUGUUGU